AUGUCGGUCCCCCGUUCAGAGCUCGAGUAUCGAGCUCCUCCAUCAAUGCAACUGAGCGAUGGGUCAGCCUCGUCCAAGACAGCGCCUUUGAAACGCAUAUCAGAGAAUGCGACUCCUGCGGAACGAGCCAAGGCACGAUUUUCCAGAGGUAACGCCAUCGUCACCGGCGGUGCUGGAGAUAUCGGCUCUGUUGCCUGCAAGGCAUUGUUCGAACAUGGGCUAGAAGGCCUUGCCAUCUUCGACCUCCACCCGGACGAGGGUCAGUCUACUGUCAAGGCGCUCCAAUCCGAGUUCCCCCAGGCGAAGAUCGCCUUCUACCAAAUCGAUGUGACGGACGCUGUUAGCGUCGCAGCAUCAAUCACCAGGGCAGAACAGGAAGUCGGCCCCAUCGAUCUAUGCCUCUGCUUCGCCGGAAUCGCCUUUGCCGCUCACGCUUUCGACAUCACACCGGAUCAGUGGAGGAAGAUGUUUGAUGUCAAUACUACGGGUGCUUUCCUGUGUGCUCGGGAAGUGGCACAGUCCAUGUCGAGCAGGGGGGCCGGUGGCAGCAUCAUUCUCAUGGCGAGCAUAUCAGCACACAUAGUGAACUUCCCUCAGCCCCAAGUUCACUACAACGCAGCCAAGGCAGCCAUUCUCUCCAUCAAGAGCUCUCUGGCAGCCGAGUGGGCGAGGUUCGGGAUCAGAGUCAACAGCAUCAGCCCGGGUUACAUGGAUACAAUCUUGAAUGAGGGUGAGGGGCUUGCAGAGCAUCGGCGGAUCUGGGCUGAGCGGAACCCAUUUGGUCGGAUGGGUCAGCCAGAAGAGCUGACUAGUGCUUUGAUCCUUUUGGCCAGUCAGGCAGGGAACUACAUUACUGGGGCGGAUAUUCUCGUUGACGGCGGCAUAUCUGUGUUUUGA